GUGCAAACAAGCCGGUCAGCUGACCCGGCCCGACUGCGCCGUCAUCUCGGCUAUAAGCGCGCGACCUCCCGGGCUGUCCGCUGUAACCGGGUCGCCGCCGCCAUGCAGACCCCCUGCCUGCUGCUGCUGCUCGCCCUCGGCCUGCUGGCCGCGCCCGCCGCCGCGCUCGUCAGGAUUCCACUGCACAAGUUCACAUCCAUCCGCCGGACCAUGUCGGAAAUGGGGGGCCCCAUGGAAGACCUGAUCGCCAAGGGCCCCAUUUCAAAAUACUCCCAAGGGGUGCCCACUGCAACCCAGGGGCCCAUUCCUGAGAUUCUCAAGAACUACAUGGAUGCCCAGUACUACGGGGAGAUCGGCAUCGGGACGCCCCCGCAGUGCUUCACGGUGGUCUUCGACACCGGCUCCUCCAAUCUGUGGGUCCCGUCUAUCCACUGCAAACUGCUGGACAUCGCCUGCUGGACCCACCACAAGUACAACAGCGGCAAGUCUAGCACGUACGUGAAGAACGGCACGUCCUUCGACAUCCACUACGGCUCAGGCAGCCUCUCCGGGUACCUGAGCCAGGACACCGUGUCGGUGCCCUGUAGAUCAGGGUUGUCGAGCCUGGGCAGCAUCAAGGUGGAGAGGCAGACCUUCGGGGAGGCCACCAAGCAGCCGGGCAUCACCUUCAUCGCAGCCAAGUUCGAUGGCAUCCUGGGCAUGGCCUACCCCCGCAUCUCCGUGAACAACGUGGUCCCUGUCUUUGACAACCUGAUGCAGCAGAAGCUGGUGGACAAGAACAUCUUCUCCUUCUACCUGAACAGGGACCCAAAUGCGCAGCCUGGGGGUGAGCUGAUGCUGGGCGGCACUGACCCCAAGUACUAUAAAGGCUCGCUGAUCUACCACAAUGUCACACGCAUGGCCUACUGGCAGAUCCACAUGGACCAGGUGGACGUGGGCAGCAGCCUGACCGUGUGUAAGGGGGGCUGUGAGGCCAUCGUGGACACGGGCACCUCCCUCAUCGUGGGCCCCGUGGAGGAGGUGCGGGAGCUGCAGAAAGCCAUCGGGGCCUUGCCGCUGAUCCAGGGCGAGUACAUGAUCCCCUGCGAGAAGGUGUCCAGCCUGCCCAAGGUCACCGUGAAGCUGGGGGGUAAAGCCUACAAGCUGUCCCCAGAGGACUACACGCUCAAGGUGUCGCAGGCUGGGAAGACCAUGUGCCUGAGCGGCUUCAUGGGCAUGGACAUCCCCCCGCCCGGCGGGCCGCUCUGGAUCCUGGGCGACGUGUUCAUCGGCCGCUACUAUGCCGUGUUCGACCGCGACCAGAACCGGGUGGGCUUGGCCGAGGCUGCCAGGCCAUAGCUGGCUCCCCGCCCGCUGGCAGAGUCCGGAGGAGGGUCGAGGAGGAGGAGGAGGCCGCACCCCUGCCUUCCCGGCCACCCCGCCACACACACACACUCACACUUGCACUUGCACUCGCAGCACAGCUCUCUGGAGGCCACCCAGCCCGACGGGCCUGCGGUUCCGUUCUGUGGUUUUCCCCUCCCUGGUUUCGGAAAAGCUGCCUGCUUGUCUGUCUGUCUGUCUGUCUGCUGGAGGGGCGGGCCGGGGGCAGAGCCAGUGGGUGGCUCUGGUGCACAGGGUCCUUGCUCUAACUUGGAAGACCCAGCCCACUGGGCAGCUGUGUGUGCAUCCUAGGACCCCCACCCCCAGGGUAGUUCCCUCCCCAGCCUGCGCCUUGGGGGCCUGGCCACCCAGCACCGCCCAGCGCCAGGCUGCCCUCUCAGUCUCCCCUCCGUGCAGCUUGGGGCCCGGCGCUCUGCACUGCGGCCCCCACCCGUCUGCCCUAGACCCAGCAAGGAAGGGACCAGCUGAGGCCUGAGGGUGAGCUGGAACGAGCUGGCAGGGGACAGGAGCUAGUCUUGUGAGGCCUGCGGUGGGGUCAUCCUGGGGCUUGACUCCGUUGUGGCGGACAUUCAGGGCAUUCGGUAGCCUGGGGGUGGGGUAGGAGGGGAGGGGGCUGGUGCCGGCCUUCCCUGCAGAUGCCCCCCGUCUUGAGUUGCCGGGAGCCGAAGUUGGCAUGAAAAUAAAAUUGUUUAGGCCUCUUA